UAACGCAACAGUUACAAAACAGGGACACCUUGAGUCCAGAACUUUUGAACUACUCUUCAGCUCGAAUGCAACAUUGGACUAUAACAGAGAUAUAUAUUAUCUUCAGAGACGACUGGCACCACAAGAAGUGACUUCCAAGCUGCUUUGUCUCGAAAAAAGAAUGCUCUCUGGUUUAAUCUUAGCUGUCCUCCUCCUCUUGGCCACAUCAAGUGCACGCACUACUGGUCAGCCCUGUCUAUGUUCAGCUCUCCAGCCUGCAGGCCUGCAAGUGAACUGCAGCUCUUUAAACCUCAUGGAGCUGCCUCACCUGCCCCCAGACACCACAGAGCUCCACGCUCAGGACAACCGGCUCACCUCAGUGUCUCCAGGGGUGUUUGACAGGCUGGUUGGUCUGAAGAAGGUCUCACUAUCUGGGAAUCCCUUCCACUGUGACUGUAGGAUCCAAUACCUGAGGAACUGGUUGCUAAAGAACAGGGCUAUUGUCUCCAAGGAGCCCACCUGUGCCAGUCCGAGCUCUGUGGCUCAGAAAGCCAUCACUGAACUCACUGAUGACUACUUCUCUUCCUAUUCUCCAGCAAGCUGUACUGGUGGGACUUUUAACACCAUCAUGGGAGUGAUGCUAUGCUGCCUCAUUGUUCUGCUUCUGUGGUGUCUGAGACUAGCCAAAACAUCCACCAUCACCCUCUACAUAGAUGAGAGACAUUCUGGAUUCGAGGCCAACUCUUUGCGCUCACAGAGGCCCGGACACAGGAGGAGGCGGCACGCCGCGCAGUCAGAAGAAGACUCUCACUCUCUCACUUCUGAAGAAGAUCUAGAAAAGUCACCUAUCAACAUGGACUUACUGCCACAAGUACUGGAUGUGCUGCACAAGAAGCACAAUAUAAAGAUAAGCCUACCUGAGCGCCCCCUUCGCCUGCUGCCAUGGAAUUACAAAAACACUGCAAGUGACAAACAGAGCUGAUCCGAGGAGGGGUGAAUCUAGGGCAACUUUCACCUCUCAUUCAAGGGGACUGGUGGGGGAGUUGCAGGUAUUUCACCUCAGUGGAAUCGUUAUCCAGGUCACUGAUACCACCUGGUUCAUUAGUGCUCCUGCCUGUUGUAAUGGUAGUCGUUAGAAAUAGAGUUGAGGGCAGUAACAAGGCUGCCCAACAGAUUUCUGUUCUUUUCUUUAAAUAAAGUUAUUUUUAAUGCUAAACUGCUACAGCCAUGUCUCCUGAGGCUUCUUCUGGGUAAGUGUCUUUUUCCUUACAAUGUAACCUAAUUUCAUUCAGGGAAUUUUGUCUAAUUUAGGCAUGGAGAGUACCAGAUAAAUGCAUGAUAGUAUCACAUCUUAUGUACAUUUUAACAUGCUAUAUUUGAGCAUUUUGGGUAAAGCUCAAGAAAUUAUGUGUUUAUAAUGUGCUGACUAUACAGAUACACCAACAACAAUAAAAUAU